UUAAAUCUCUUUUCACUCUUUUAAGUUCCCCUUUCCACUCUCACAACAAUAUGGAGACCAAGCAAACUCCACGAAAACUAGAACACCUCGAUCUCAGGCCGGAUAGAGAUGAGCUCAACAUGCUGUACUCUCCAUGCGGUAUGUCGGCGUAUUUUGAUCUUCUCAAUUCUGCUUACACAGGGGACCUUGAUCGUUUCAAGAAGGUAGCUUCAUGUUGCGAUAAGAGAGGUGAAGGGUUAUCAAUAACGGUCCAACGUCUUGUGGAUGGAGAUGGAAGAGGAUCUCUUGCGUUUGCUGCUGCUGGAGGAAGAGUUGAUGUUUGUAGAUACUUGCUUGAAGAGUUGAAUCUUGAUAUUGAUGUGAAAGAUAAUCAUGGUGUAACUCCCUUAUCUUAUGGAGCUGUUAAAGGACAACUUAACACUGUCGAGUAUCUUCUUGAGAAGGGUGCCAAUCCUGAUGGAUCAAAUGAUCCAAAUAGUACAGCUAAUACUCCUUUGCAUUAUGCUGUAUUGGGAGGUGAUAGAAAGAUACAGACAUUGUUACUCUCCAAUGGUAUCCGCAUUAAUGUUGCGACUAGAUCUGGCACAGCCCUGUCAUAUGCUGCUGUUCUUGGCCAGGUUGAUGCUGUUAAAGUUUUGUUGGAUCACCAUGCAGAUCCUAAUGUAGAGAUGUUGGGUGUGGUUACUCCGGUAAAUUCGACUAUUAUUAACAAUUCACUGCAAAUCAUGGAUCUUUUACUACAGGCAGGUGCCGAUCCAAAUGCCAAAUCAUGUGGAUUUGCCCCUCUGAUAUUGGCAGUAAAUUAUGGGCUAACACAAUUUGUUGUGCGCUUACUGGAGGCUGGUGCUGAUCCAAAUGUUACAGAUAUUAAAGGGAUGACUGCAGUAGAAAAUGCUGCCAAAGAGGGUAGUAAUGAAAUCGUUGAGAUCCUAUUUCCUGUGACUUCUCGCAUUCCAACAUAUCCGAAUUGGACAAUUGCUGGACUUAUGGAGCACGUACAUUCUGAGGCCACAAAAAAGAAGAAGAAGAAGAAACCUGAAGCCUAUGAGACGUUUCUUCAUGGAAAAAGGAAGGGGGCAGAAGCAUUUCACAAAAAGCAGUACUUUUUGGCAGCGACGUGGUACUCAGAGGCGUUGGAAGUUGCUCCAGCAGAUGCAACUCUACUAUCCAAUAGGAGUGCGUGUUAUGCGUGUAUGCGAGACGGAAAUGAAGCGUUAAGGGAUGCAACUGAAUGCAUAUCUUUAAGGCCUGAUUGGCCAAAGGCAUACUACAGGGCAGGUGUAGCACUCAACAUUCUGAAAAGGUACCGCGAAGCAGCAGAUGUCUUUUUUAAGGGUUUGACACUGGAUCCUGCAAACAAAGAGCUUGUAGAUGCAUUCAGGGAUGCUAAUGAAGCCAGAUUGAAGUCAAUCAUCCUACGUCCAUAGGAAGAAGAGGAUGGCGAUGGUAGUAGACUGAUAAUCACGACUAGAAGACGUUUAUGUGACCAAUUUUUUGUGUAGGUAGUGGGUUUUGCUAACAUUGUAACUAUAUGUAGCAAGCCAUUACUUUAAAUAAUUAAUACAUUUCUACUCUGCUUGGAAUUUUUUGUUGAUGAAGAUUAAAAGGGAACUCUAUUAACUUCUUAUGCCACUAGUAGGUGGGUGAAUAAGUUUCAGUUGCCAUUACAGGCUAGACAUUAUCCCUGAUUACCUCUUCCUUUGUUUUGAUUCUCGGAGUUUUAGAUAAUUGAUUCGGACUUCUUAACUGAAGUCUUUGAUCCUCCUUAGCAUUGAACAUGUGAUUUUGUUGGAAAAUACUGAUUAGCCCGUCAACCAUCAAGUCGUUCCACUUUCAAUUGUGUACUCGUGGAAAGUAAUCACAAGUCGAGAUCGAUUUACAACUUCAGAAAAAAAAAAAUGAACAGAAAAAGAAAAGAUUGACCGACUUCAAAUGGUGUAAAAAGCACGAUGCUAGCAUUCUAUUCCAUUCCAUUUUGCACUCACCACCUA